AUGUCUACUCCAUCAGAUUUGGGUUUGUCCUCAGCUACAACCUUUCCUUAUUCCGUGGCCGUAGCGGUACAAAAUCACUUGAAAGACCAUGGCAAAGAUCGACAAUCAUUCUUUGUUGGAAACCUUGAUUCCGUUCUUGAUAGGUUGGAGGAAUGGAGGAGAGAGCUGCCGUUUGUCCAGCCCUUUUAUGCGGUCAAGUGCAAUGACAACAAAACAUUGUUGACUCUGUUGUCGAGAGCCGGGACCGGGUUUGAUUGUGCCUCGAAGAAAGAGAUGCAGCAGAUCCUCCAGCUUGGCGUCAAUCCCGAGAGAAUCAUCUUUGCUGCCCCUCGGAAGGCAGAAGACUACAUUAAUUACGCCCACGAGCAUGGAAUUGACAAAAUAGUGGUCGAUAGUGAGGAUGAAUUGCGAAAAUUGGCGGAGAUUGUUCCUUCAGCAAUGAUUUUCUUGCGGUUACGGGCAGACGACCCAACCUCCCGAGUGCGUCUUUCGGAGAAGUUUGGGUCGGAUCUCCUCGAGGCUAGGGGUAUAUUGCAAGUGGCCGUCGACUUGUCAGUCAAAGUUACUGGUAUCUGCUUUCAUGUGGGAUCGGCUGCUUUGGAUCCAGGAGCCUACGUAAGAGCUAUCGCAAUGGCCCGGGAAGUCUACGACUAUAACGAGACUCUGUCCAGCAAGCACCCCAUUUUAAUAAUUGACAUAGGAGGCGGAUUCACUGAAUCCAAUUUUCGACUCCUUGCGCCCGCCGUCCGAUCUGCUGCUGAUAUGUAUUUUGGCGGAGAAACGGGCAUUCAGUGGGUUGCAGAACCAGGGCGGUUCAUCGUCAGCGAAGCUUUCUAUCUAGUUUGUCGCGUGCUUGGAACUCGGAAACGUCUGGUGGAAUAUGUCGACGGCCCUAACCAAAACCAUUAUUUCCAUGCGGAGUUAUUUGUGAAUGAUGGGAUCUACCAAAACUUUCUCAAUGCGCUUGUCGAAGGAUAUAUUCCGACGCCAGUCCCUCUUGACCCCAGCGGGCGCCCAUAUGGGCUGCCGGAGAGGGAGGAUAAAUCAUACUCAUAUACCGUCUGGGGCCAGACCUGUUGCGGCGCAGACAAAAUCAAGUCCAACUGUCGUCUACGUUGUGAAAUGCAGGCAGGGGAUCUGCUUUGUUUUCCAUCGAUGGGAGCGUACACCCAUGUCACUGCCAGUGGCUUUAAUGGGUUUACUGCGAGAGCAAUGACGGUCUGGACAUCCUCUGUUCGAGGACGCGAGAAGCUGAAGGAAGCAAAUCGAGUAGGAUCCUGGUGGAAUCCGCUCAGUCACGGGGAAUCGGAGCUUUUGGUGCGACGAGGCUGA